UGAAAUUUUAAAGUGAUCCUCGAGAACGCCUCAGACUAAUAGUGAAUUGUGUAUGCGCAAGCGCUGCGCUGCAGACCCGCAAGAAGACAAACAAAGCACUUCCUUAAAGUUCAUGCUCAUAUGACUAACUUGAAGCAAAGCAACGCAAGGCGAAGGAUGUCUGCUGUGACUCUAACCCUCUUUAGUGCAAUAAUAUGCUUUUCUUUGGGAGAGAAGCCAUCAAAUGUUUCAACUCCAAACAUUAUCAUCAUGCUUAUGGAUGACAUGGGUUGGGGAGACCUUGGGGUGUUCGGCCAGCCCUCUAAGGAAACACCCAACCUGGAUGCCAUGGCUGCUCAGGGCAUGCUGCUACCAAACUUCUACACAGCUAACCCACUGUGUUCCCCAUCCAGAGCCUCACUUCUCACUGGGAGACUUCCUGUCAGAAAUGGCUUCUACACCACUAAUGCCCACGCCAGAAACGCAUACACACCACAGGAGAUAGUGGGAGGAAUUUCUAAGGAUGAAAUUUUGUUACCCCAGCUGCUGAAGAAAAAGGGCUAUGUCACCAAGAUAGUUGGCAAGUGGCAUCUGGGCCACAGACCUCAGUUCCUGCCCCUUGAACACGGUUUUGAUGAAUGGUUUGGAGCUCCAAACUGCCACUUUGGCCCCUACAACGACAGCACCACACCAAACAUCCCUGUUUACAACAACUCUGAGAUGGUUGGCAGAUUCUAUGAGGAGUUUAAGAUUGACAGGAAGACCGGCGAAUCCAACCUCACACAGAUCUACCUGCAGGAAGCUGUAGAGUUCAUUUACCGCCAGACUGCAGCUCAGAGGCCUUUCUUCCUCUACUGGACACCUGAUGCAACUCAUGCUCCUGUCUACGCUUCCAAACGCUUCCUGGGGAAGAGUCAGCGGGGCCGGUAUGGUGAUGCAGUGAUGGAGCUCGACGACAGUGUCGGUCAGAUCUUGUCUCACCUGAAAAGUUUGGGUGUGGAUGAUAAUACCUUCGUCUUCUUCACUUCAGACAAUGGAGCUGCUGUCAGUUCAGGCCCACAUGAAAGUGGCAGCAAUGGGCCUUUCCUCUGUGGAAAGCAGACCACCUUUGAAGGAGGGCUGAGGGAGCCUGGCAUCGCCUGGUGGCCUGGACACAUCAAAGAGGGCAAGGUGAAUUUCCAACUGGCCAAUGUGAUGGACCUUUUCACCACCAGUCUGGCUCUUGCUGGCGUCACCCCUCCUGACGACAGAAUCUUUGAUGGACUGGAUCUGACACCAGCGCUGCUAAAUGGCUCACAGACACUCAAAAGCAGGCCUAUCUUCUAUUACCGUGGGAAUGAGAUGAUGGCUGUGAGGCUUGGACAAUACAAAGCGCAUUAUUGGACCUGGAGCAACUCAUGGAAGCAGUUCAAAGAGGGCAUCAACUUCUGCCCAGGUGAAGAGAUCCCAGGUGUGACAACUCAUGAGCAAAAAGAGCACACAAUGCAGCCAAUCAUGUUUCAUCUGGGACGGGACCCCGGGGAAAAAUACCCUAUCAACUGACUCUUCACCACUCAGCUGCUGUCCCUCUGCAUCCACCGGGACCGUUCUCCUCCAUCCUUGCAAAGAGUGCGUGUCUUUGUGUGCGUGUACACGCACACAUGUGUAUGCGUGCAUUUUGUCCGUGUCCUCCUCGCUCCCCCAGCUGGACUGGCUGCCUGGCCGUCAUUAAUCUCUGUCUGCACCUAAAGAGCCACUUAAGAUGAUGUAGGGCCUGUCUACACACAUACCUUCACUACUGUCGCAGCCUGUGAUACAGCAAAGAGCACACAUACACAAACACUCAGGGAAAACAGCAAAGAUUAUAAUUAUGCAAUGAAAGGGAAAGUUUUGAGGAAAAAUGAUGUAUGGAGACUGUGAUUUUAGGCAGAUUCAAUUGGAGUUGGAGGAUGAUACAGCCUGAUUUUGUGGCUCCCGUUGUGAUUUUAGAUCCCUACUGGGUUUGUUCAAAGCCUUUCUCUGCCCUCCACUUUGCCCUCCAUCUGUGUGACCUCAGGCCCUGAGGAUAACACAUCCUACCUUCUCACCACCCACCUCCGCUCCCGUCCCCAGAGCCCCCCGGUCAUCCAGAGUGUAGUCCCAGCCCUCACACUGCAGGCAGCACCGCACAGUGUGGCCUCAUCUGCUGCCUGCCACCAGCCUCUUGUUUCUCCAAUCAAUAGUCCUUACUGAAGUGCUCAAUUUCCACCCGGGUGGAGAAGGAUGGUGGAGGGGAGGUACAGGCAGGACAGAUGUAUUUGAUUGUCUCCUCAAUUCCCCCACCUUCUGCUACUGUGUGAUUGUUUGUGUGUGUGUAUGCGUGUGCACUCCGGCAAUAGUGUUAUGAAUCAGUAAUCAGAGUGGUGACACACCUGAGCAAUGCCCCCGUCCCCCUUGGGUGCCAUACAUUAUAAAUCAAAAGACUGGAUUUGCAUACAGCCUGCUUAUUAUUCCAGAAUUUGCCUGUACACCAGUAGGCUAAGGGUUAUAAUCAUGAUAAUGAGCUGUGCUGACUGUGGGCUUUUUAUUAUUUGUUUGCAGAGGGAGCAUAAACAAAUGGUAUUAUUAGUUUUUGAUUUAGAGGUUUGCACUGUAAGAUUCUCAAUGCAUAGACAAAAACAAUGGAAAACUUUAUGCAAGCGUCUUCGCACAUACAUGCUUUGCUUGCAGAGGAGAAACUUAAAGCAGUCCGAUAAAUCUUCCUUACAUUAAGUUGCUUCAUCACUUAUCAUAAAAUGUAUCUCAACAAUAAGCAGUGAGCAGAGAUAGCAGCAGAAUGAAAUAUCCCCCUCGCUGAUUGGGAUCAGGCGAAAGCACGAUUUGUGAUUUCAGAUAGCUGAAGCAAUUUAAUCUGAAUGUCUGAUUUUAACCGAGGGGAGUAAUCGGGUUUUCCUCCAUCAGCUCGGGUCAGAACGCGUGGAUAGUUAGCUGAUGACGAAUGCGGCACACCAGGAGAGAGACUAAUUGCAGCCUCCGCACUCACUACUCGUCGAGUAAUUGUAGGGCAAAGUAAAGACUGAGAGUAUCGGGGAAAGGAGCAGGUGCUGGCUGAUGGAGGAAGCCUUGCUGCCCUGUGGGAGAUCUUAGCGGGAGGGUGGGUGUGAGCUGGACAGGGCCUGGGGUUAUUACUCUAAUUGACACUUCACCUCACACACAUGCACAUGGUCCCCGGGGGCCAAUCAGAGCGCUGCGUUUGCAGUGAAGAGAGGAUGGAAGGCUGGCACAGGUGCUGCCUGCGAGUGUAUCAGGGGUGUAAUUGCACUGCUGAUAUUUGUCUGUCCGUGUGUCACGCCAGCAGACACCCACUCCCCCAACACACAUACAUGCGUGCACACACAGCCCAUUAACCCUACAGGUCCUAUUGAGAGCAGCGUUCCUUUGAAAGCCUUCAGGGCCCCUGUGUUUUACACACUGAAUAUAAUAAUGCACAGAGGUGCUCAGCUCGCUGGUGUCCAACAGCAGUAAUUGAGAGACAGGGGAUGGGAGAGGGGUUACAUGGUUCACCCUGCUGAGUGUGCUUUUCCAAGGGGUGCCACGGUGGACAGCACAUAUGUGUGUGGGGUGUUUUUGUUGUUGACAGCAUGUCCCAGCACUGAUAUAAUGAGUAAAGCUUGGAUCGGUUACAUGUGUGCUAUGCAUUCACUCCCUCCCAAAAAAUAGCAUGGUUAAAGUUAUUAAGUUAUUGGUUGACUGUGUUUGUAUGUGUGACUUUCAACUCAUAGAAGAACUACUGAGACAUUUGGAGAAAACAGAUUCAGAACAAGAGUACCAAAAACACAGCCAAUGGAAACUGUAACACACUAAAAAGUAGAUUAUUAUUUGGACAGUCAGCUUUGUCUGUCGAAGGCUGUCACCUCUGGGAUUCAUUACAACUGAAAUAAAAUUAAUCACAGAUUUAAAACCCUUCACAAAAAAGUAAAGUGAUGGCUCCAAGUAAACCAGAGCUUUACUUAUUUUUAGAUUUUUGUGUUUUAAUCCAAUUAUUUGUCCUAGUUUUUGAGAAUUUUGUAGUGAUUAUGUAUAUAUAGUAUCUUACUCUAAAGUAGUGGUUCUAAAUGUGGGGGUCUGGACCCCCUUUGGAGUUGCAAGACACGGAGAGGGGAUGCCAGAUGCCUUCCAUAAAACAAUAUCUUUUAAUAAUUUUUAAAUUGUAUAUUCUAACCAUUUUUAUAAAUUUAUACACAUAUAUGAAGAAAAUGUCAAAUAAAAACAUAGUCAUGCACAUGGCUGUUCUUGAAUUUGCCCAGUUGUGUUAAACUAUGCUCCAACCACUUUCAGGUACAGUGGGGGUCCCCAGUCUCUGGCACCUUAUUUGGGGGGUCAUGGCUUGGGGUCUGGGAUCUCUUUCAGGGGGUGCCAUAGAUUUCAGGGAGGGCUCAAGGCUCUAUCGGCUUUGAGGCUAUCAAAAUAAGAUAUACUCAUAUUAACUAAAAUCACGACAAAACACUUAUUAAUAGUUAAAUUUUGAUGUUAAUUUUUGACAUCUAUGUAUCACCUUUGUAAGUGUGGGUCCUGUGGGGCCUCAGCUUCUCUACGAUAGUCAAGGCUUAUUUAUGCUCUACAAGCAUUAAAAUAGAUCUGUGCAUUAUAAACUUUACAACCAUCAUAGCCCUCAUACUUAAGCGCCCUGUUAUGCUGAAGUUGUUGAAAACCAAAUCGAGAGGUCGCUGUCCCUCUUGGACCUACACAUCUACUUUGAUGCUGCUCCGUCUGUCCCAUUGACUGGAGAAAAACAGCCCAUCCUCUGCCCAGCUGUGCUCUUGUAGUUGUCUGUCUUCGUGCCCAGGUGAGCUAACAUCAUUGAUAUGUUUGUAGUUUACAACAACUCGCUCAAAAUUAUUCAGCGAUAUUUCCUCGGAAAAUUUGAUAAAGUCCCCCCAUUCUUCUUUGUUUGUUUUUUCUACUCUGGGUUUCACUGUUGCCUACAUUGCUUAAUGUAUUACGUUUGGUCCAUAUCUGUAGGCUUUGAGAGAACGGACAAAAAAGAGUGGCAGGAUGAAUGAAGAGUGGGACAGAAAGGCUUGCUUGUAUACGUUUCAAACAUAGAGCAUAAAUGAGCCUUAAUGGGGGCUGAAAGGAAGAACAGGUCAGGAACCACUGCUCUAAAGCACCAGGCUGUUUUAUGUUGCUGAAUGUGGAACAUUUUAUAGCCUGUGUUUGUUAAACUGCAUCAUCCCUGUUACAUAAAAAUAAAUUCAAACAGAAAAGCAAACUGCAAGUGCUUGUACUGCUGUAAGUGCAAAGUAUCAAUACAAAGGAAAACAAGUGAAAAACAAGAGUGAAAGUGUUUUUUUAUUUUCAAGUUAGCGCUUUUUUCAAGGGCUGUCAAACUAUUUCAAAUUUUAAUUGCAAUUAACCUCAGUAUUUCUGUAGUUAAUUGUGAUUAAUGAUACCUUUUUAUUACACUAAAAUUACACUGUUUCCUUUAAAACAGAUUUUUUUUUUUCAUUUUAGAUUUUGUACUUUCUUAAACUGAGGGUUACUGACCUCUUUUUUGGAUAAAGACAUGCUUUUAUUUAGAAGAAAAUAAGGCACUUGGACUUUCAAUCAGUACUUUUUUAAAAUACGUUAAAAUUUAAAAAAAAAAAAAAAGAAAUGUUAGAGAUUUUUAAUUUUUUUUUUAAAUGUUUUCUAAACAACCCAGUUUCUAAAAAUUUGAAUUUUCUGACAGUUUUGGGAGGUAUCAGGAUUUACAGGGCUAAACACAGAAAAAGGAAAUCGUUAUGACUAAAAAGAAAUAAGAGAACAUUAAAAAAGUAAAUGUUUGAAAUCGCAAGUUGCAGAUGCCUCUUGACUUGUCCACUGAACUGUCUGGAAGUUUUCUAAAAUAAAAUGCGACAUUAGGGAGCAGUGAUGGACUCAUUUCACAUCAUGGAGAAGCUUCUGCUGGCUUAACCAAAGUGUGCUGAAAAGGAAAUGUGAUUAAUUUCAAUUAACAAAAAUUAAUGCAGUGAUUAAGGGUCUUAAUUAACCACAAUGAAUGCAUAAAUGCUGAUAGCCCUUGUUAUUUUCUAACAUGCUCUUACAACACAGUUUAUUUGUUAAUUUGACAACUUUAGAUUAAAAGUAAACUGAAUGGUGAUUAUUUUAAGAGUAGGGUCAUGAGUUGUGUUUUUAAGGGAAAAUGUCAAACCUCUGUUGUUUACUAAGUUUCCAAAUUGGUGCCUGUUUUUGUUUGUCUUAUUUCAAACUAUUGAUCUUUUAGCUUGUGGACAAACCGAAGGCAUCCUCUGUGACUUUCAGAAGCUAUGCUUUUAUGUUUUUACACUCUUUAAUGACAUCUGUAAGUGCUAGGACAAAAAAGUGGCAUAAAUCACUGAUCAUUAUUGCUCUUCUG